AUGGUUAAUGAUUUAUUCUUACAAUGGCUUUCAUUACCGGAUACACGUACAACUCUAUCUGCUGCAUUACAUAGUGUUCGAACAAAUAGUAAAAUGCCAGAACCUAUAAUUUAUUCAAAGACUCUUACAACACGUGGUGGUGGAUUUUCAAAAUCGCAACAUUUUGAAUCACCACCCGUUUCACCUGUACCUCGGGCACCGUCAAGUCCACGUGUUAGUUCAUCGAAUAAUUUCUCACUUGGUGAAACUACUCCUGGUAUAAGUAGUCGUAGUGAAGAAAAGAAACAACGUUCAUCAAAGAAAAUAUCUACAACAGUGAACGGUAGUCCUAGUCCUAUUAUUGAUCAACAACAAGUAUCUAUAGAAAAAGUUUUAACCACUCAAUUUCCAAGAUCCGAAACAACUCCAUCGUCUCCUACAACAUCGACAAGUAGUACUCCAAAUCGAUCUUCAGCAAGAACUACAAGUACACCAUCAAAGGAUGUUUCAUCAAAACAAUCUCAACAAACACCUAUUUCACAACCGAGUCCACAAUCACCAUCAAAUGUUCCACUUGAUCAAUCUCCCAAACCAACAAAUACUACACUUACUUCUGCACAACAACCAGUUGAUAAUAUUAUAUCUUCGCCAACUGUUACUAUAACAAAAACACCCAUAUCAUCAUCACCUAAUGAACAAGUCAUACAGCCGAAAUUAACACCAUCAAAAACAACAACUUCAAUUGUUCAACAAACAACAUCAAUAACUGUUAAAAUUGAAGAAAAACAAAAAUCUGUUGAAACCAUUCCUAAAUUUUAUUUUUCUGAUGAAUACAAUGCAUCGGUAUCAACACGUGAUGCACUACUUACUAAACAAUUACGAAAAGUUCAAGAUGAAUUAUUUGUACCAAAACAUGAUAAACUACAUUUGGAAGAUUUUGGAAAAGUUGCUCAGUUAGUCGAUUUGACUUUAUAUUGGAAAGCACCAUUAUUUCGUGCGUGUGUACAAGAUGCUUUAGGAUCACAAGUAACAAUAACAUCAGAUACAACUGUUACUUAUUCACAAUUUGAAUCAUUUUGGAAAAAAGUAUGUAAAAACAAUCAUGAUAAUGCAUUAAAAUUUAUCUAUUUACUCAUUCAUUCAUCUCCAUCAACAUCACCAAUGAAUCGUCAAUAUUUAACUAUUGAUGAUUGGGAUUAUUUUAUACAAGAUAUAAUAGAUACACAUCCGGGUUUAAAGUUUCUUCGUGAAGCACGUGAAUUUCAUUCAAGAUAUAUUAAAACAGUUGCUGCAAGAGUUUAUUAUAAUUGUAAUCGAUCAUGGUCAACAAGAUUAACUGUACAAGAAUUGAGACGAUCAAAUUUUUUAGAGACUCUCGAUAGAAUUCAAGAAGAAGAAGAUAUUAAUCGUAUACAUGAUUAUUUUUCAUACGAACAUUUCUAUGUUAUUUAUUGUAAAUUUUGGGAUAUAGAUGCUGAUCAUGAUUUAUUAAUUAGUCGUGAUGAUUUAGCCAAACAUAAUAAUGGAGCUAUUUCUAAUAAAAUGAUCGAUCGAAUUUUUUCGGGUGCUGUAUCGAAUAGUCAAAAUAUGAAAGAAGGAAAAAUGUCUUAUUAUGAAUUCGUAUGGUUUCUUAUUUCUGAAGAAGAUAAAUGUUCACCAACGAGUAUUGAAUAUUGGUUUCGUUGUAUGGAUAUAGAUGGUGAUGGUAUUUUAUCCAUGUAUGAAUUAGAGUAUUUCUAUCAAGAACAAGUACAUAAAAUGGAAAUAUAUGGUAUUGAAUAUAUGCCAUUUGAAGAUUGUAUAUGUCAAAUGCUUGAUUUAGUGAAACCUGAAGAAGAAAAUAAAAUACGUUUAAAAGAUUUAAAACGAUGCAAAUUAACAAAUAUUUUUUUUGAUACAUUUUUUAAUCUUGAAAAAUAUUUAGCCAACGAACAAAAAGAUCCUUUUUCAAAUUUGAAAGAUCCUGAUACACCUGAAGUAUCUGAUUGGGUUAAAUAUGCUGAAGCUGAAUAUGAUAAUUUAACACAUGAAGAUGGAGCUAAUGAUGAUCUUGAUGAUGAAAAUUACGAUGAAGAUUUUGAAGAUGAAGAUGAUGGAACUGAAGAAUCAAAAAAUAAAAAAUUAACUGGUAAUAAUGUAUCAUCACCCCAACGUGUUGCUUCUGCUUCAAACAAUAAAGCUGAUGAUUUAGAAAAUGAACUUAAACGUUGGAAAGAUUGA